AUGUCGCAAGACACUGCAGCUGCAUACGAUGCGAUAAAGGCAGGUCAUCUCGAUCAAUUGCACCAAUCUCUUCCGGCGUUCUCUCCUUACAUCGCUGUCGGCCUGCUUCCGUACAUCGCGUUCUUUCUCCUUACUGCGACUUUUGCCCUCGCCUUUUAUUUCUCAACUCUUUCAAAAGACACCCUCCCAGUCCGCGAGACAGUGGUCGCUCUGACGGCCAGCGCGUUGGGCGGCUUUGGAGUGGUCGCGCUCUUCUGCACUGUUGGCGUAUACGUGUAA